CCCCUCGAGAUAACCACGCACUGCGGCUCUGCUGUUCGACUGGAGCGGCGGUCCGUCGGCGGGCGACACCGCAGCGGUCUAUCACGAAGAUGCAAGGACGACUGUCAAAUACCAAAAUGGCAUCAGUGAUGGCUGCUAUAAUUAUGCUUCUAAUAAAGCCUGAACUAACAGCUGAAUCCAAUACUAAAAACAUAAUGCAAAAUGAGGCAAGUAUUUACAAAACAUCAAUCGAAACACAGUAUAUCAGUGAAUGUCGAAACAAUGGUAUAUGGAACAUGGUAUGUUAUCAACACCCAUGGGGCGUCUUACAACAAUUUCACAAUUAUCAUGGUGCCAUUUUAAACAGAUGGAACUCGUCCUGCGAGCCUAUGUGGAAUGCUGGAUACACGAUUUGGAAAGGCGCUGGUGACCCCGCGAACCUUAAUAUCGGACCUGUGGCUGGCGUGGCAGUUGACAGGUUAAUAUCAUCGAAAUAUUCUACAGGAUGGUCGCAGGAUGCGUCCCGGCAGAGGACGUCUCAAGGACACGCUGGCUGCUGGAGGACAGACUCCUCCCUCCCAGAGGACGACGGCUUCCACCGGCAGGGGUGCCCACACUUCUGUCCAGUCCCCGUUCGCCACGUGUCGCCGUCGGGCGACGGAACACCUCCGUCUGCGUGCGGGUUUGCUGGCCUGUUCGCGGGGCCAGCGCAGUGGGACGCGGAGUCCCCCGCGAGGUGCGAGGCGGACAGCUACCGCCCCCUGGACGGCUCCUGCAACAACCUGAGGAACCCUACCUGGGGCAUGACCAGCACUACCUUCCGCAGGGCGCUGCCCGCCAGGUACGCCGACGGGCUGCAGCUGCCGACGAGGGCCGUGUCCGGAGCCGUCCUGCCGAGCGCGCGGCUGCUCAGCCAGGAGCUGUUCCCUGAGGGCAGCGCGCAGGACUCGCGCCUCACGCUGGCAGCCAUGCAGUACGGCCAGGUCAUCACGCACGACAUGGCCUUCACCCUGGGCACGGCGCAGGCCAGGGCGCUGACGCCCGAGUGCUGCCCGCCGGACCGGACGGCGCCCAGACCGGCGGGGCGCCGCGACGCCCGCUGCUACCCCAUCGAGGUGGGCCCGGAGGACCCGGUGUACGCGCGCGCCGGCCAGCGCUGCCUCAGCUUCGCGCGCAGCGCCUCAGACGUGUCGCUGGGGUUCGCGCCGCCCCGCUCGCCCGCCCAGCAGAUAGUGGCGUCGACGCACUUCCUGGACGCCUCGGUCCUGUACGGCUCGACCGCCGAGCUGGCCAGCUCGCUGAGGGAGUUCCAAGGAGGUCGCCUGAGGACGGUGGUGAAGCACGGCCGGCCCUUCCCCCCCUCGGCGCCCAACAAGACGGCGGUCUGCGACAACGUCACGCCGGACGAGGCCUGCUACCUCACAGGUGACACGCGCAUGAACCAGAACCCGCAGCUGACGAUCCUGCAGGUCAUCCUGCUGCGAGAGCACAACAGAGUGUCGGGCCAUCUGCAGCAGCUCAACCCUCACUGGGACGACGAGAGACUGUACCAGGAGGCCAGGAGGAUAGUCAUCGCUGAACACCAGCACAUCUCCUACUACGAGUGGCUGCCUUUGAUUUUAGGCGAGCACCGCGCCAAGGUGCACGGUCUGAUACACGAGGGCUACGGCUUCACGCACGACUACCAGGAGUCCGUGGACCCGUCCGUCCUCAACGGACACUCCACGGCGGCCUUCCGCUACUUCCACACCAACAUCGCCGGCUACAUGUGCUUGUUCGCGGAGCGUCGCAACGUGAACGGCGUGCUGCGGCUGAGCGACCACAUCAACAGGCCGGGAGUGAUCGAGCAGGGCAAUCACUUCGACCACCUGAUCAGGGGGAUGGCCACUCAGCCGCAGGCGGACUCCGACCAGGUCAUGGAUGCCGAGGCGAAGCACUACAUGUUCAGGUACGGCAGGACGCUGGGCAACGACCUGAAGGCCCUCGACAUCCAGAGAGGCCGCGACCACGGGCUGGCGUCCUACAACGACUACCGGCGGUACUGCGGCCUGCCGAGGGCCCGCCGGUUCGAGGACUUCCGCGACUACAUCAGCCCCGAGAACGUGGAGCGGCUGAAGGCGCUGUACGAGCACCCGGACGACGUGGACUACGUGGUGGGCGGCUCGCUGGAGACCCACGUGAACGGCGCCAUGGUGGGCCCGUCCUUCCUCUGCGUCAUCACCGAGCAGUUCUACCGCACGCGCGUGGGCGACCGCUACUUCUACGAGAACGGAGACCACCCGCACCCCUUCACGCACGCUCAACUGGCAGAAAUACGCCGCGCGAGCAUCUCCAGGCUGUUGUGCGACAACUCGAACGAGGUGUUGGCGCUGCAGCCCAGAGGCUUCCAGAGGGUUUCGCCCUAUAACCGGGUGGUGCCGUGCAGCAGGACGGACGCCAUUCCCUACGUGGACCUGGAGGCGUGGCGGGAGGUACCGGCGAGGUACAUCUGAGGUCCCAGCGACGUACCAGGAAUGUACCGGCAACGUUCCGGCGACGUACCACCAAUGUACUAGCAACGUUGGAGCAACAUUCCAGCGACAUCUUACCAACGUACCAGCAACGUUCCGGCGACGUACCAGCAAUGUACCAGCAGCUUUGCAACAACGUACCAGCGACUUUCCAGCAACAUUGGAGCAACAUUCCAGCGACAUCCUAGCAACGUACCAGCGACGUUCCGGCGACGUACCAGCAAUGUACCAGCGACGUUCCAGCAACAUUGAAGCAACGUUCCAGCAACAUCUUACCAACGUACCAACAACGUACCAACGAUGCGCCAGCAAGUACCCGGCCACGUCGCGCGAGUGCUCAGUCCACGUCAGCGGCAAGCCUUCUCUGACGUUUUCCGCGCCAAGAACAUUCUUCAUUCUUUUUCCGAAUGUCUUUCCCUCUCCCGCCGGGGAGUGCUGCAUGCUCUUCAUUGUGGAAUAGUUUGGACCGCACCAAAUUAAAUGAAAUUUCGAUGAAAAUUUGCUUGAAACCGCGAUGUUUCAAAGUACUGGAUUUCUACGGAUUUAUUUCAGUUUCCGCAUUUCAUAGAUUCAACAGAUUCUAGUUAACCUCUCCCUCAAACCCAGAUUCCCAAAUAAGUCCACCGAUUAACCAUCCUGUUUGCAGAAAUUCUAUUUCAAUGUAUAUUCCACCAAAAAGUUACCAUUUUUAUAUGUGUGGUUUUUUUAAUCAUUUGAACAUCGGGAAUUAUUAACGCCCUAGAAAACCUCCAGUAAAAAAUGGUUAACCUUGAACAUUUAGCGCUCAGUUGUGAGAAUUCCUUUCGGUGUGGGUCAAACAGGAAGACGGCGACUUAACAUAGGUGACAGCCAAUGGACAGCUUACCUUCACUGCAGUAAAUAUAGGACUGCCAAGUCUAGUUCGACAGUUAAAUAGGUAGGCUCUUAUCGUUGAAUUCAUUGAAUCUGGUUUCUCAGUGUAAUUACGGACGUGAAGCGCAAACCGUCGUCGACGCUUGCGACGACAAGCCGUAAGUUCUCUACUUCCCCAGCUAUCUUCCCCAAGACUGUUCCCAGCACAAGGUGACAUCGGGCUUGAAACUGACUGCGUCAGAGGAGGCCGGCGUGGCUCGGUGAGCACUGGGGUCGGUAAGGGCGACACUAGCCCGAGCGUCACACUCCUCUUGGCCUCUACGCGCUAGGUGCUGAGUGGACGCGCAGUCUCUGCGUCGGUGACGUGUCUCUACGCGACUCCAAGCGGUAACGCUGUCAUUUAACCACGUAGUUUUGAAGAUAUCCCACAUGCAGUAGACACCGUGACCCAAAAUAAAUGUUACAAACGAAACCAUGAGCAGAAACUUUCAUACGAUCGUGGAUGUUUCUCGAUUUCAGAUCUCUUUCAGAAAUAUUGAGUGAUUUUUAAAAUGUAUGUUAACACGUACAGAUUUUCACGCCGAAAUUGUGACUUAGCCGUGCGUCCAUCGUGUGAAUUGGCGGACAUUACGUCAUCGGUGACGUGUGGGACUGGCAAUGCCAGCUGUUGUAGAGAAAAUAUGUCAUCACUGUGUGAUCAACUGGUCGAUUUUCUGCUGUAAACAAUUUUAAGACUAAAAAAAAACUUCUACGCAAUGGAACCGAAUCUACGAAAUUAUUUGUUUUGAAAUUAUUUGGUGAUUUGGUUAAAUUUCUCACGAGAUUUAUUAUGUAAUAUUUCAAUCAUUACUAGUGAAAGAAGUGUUGAUAAUUGAAUUCGAACACAUAACUAUUUUGGACCAGCAAUGAUGUAGAGUCCAAGUCUAUGUACUAAAAAAAACUUUUUUUAAAAAUUCUCCAUGUAUGUUUUAAGGUGCUACAUUACAAAAAAAAAAUCACUUCAUGCCUGUUGACAGUUUAUUAAAUUAUAUUUUACUUAACUCAUUAAAAAAUACUUGUUCGUAAGUUAUCAAGUGAAUAAAUAUUAGGAUCGAACUGAAAUAAACAAUUGCAUUUGGGAUUUCUAUGGUCUUUCGAUAUUAAACAGGAAUAGCCAGAGAUAAACCGGUAUCCAUCGGUUGUACGCUGAUCAAGGAAAACGAGUUGAAAAUGUUUACACGAUUUGUCGUCUUAAGUGAAUAAUAUGGCAUUAGUGACUGAUAUUGAAUACUGCUCCAUAUCAUUAAAAAGAAUAAUUUAUUUAUAAUAUUGGUGAUAAAUAUUGUGUUUAUUAACUUUAUCAAGUGUAUUUAAGUGUAUUACUAUAAGUGUGUUUAUGUUCUAGAAUGUUUAGUAUAUUUCCAUUUUAAAUUAUUGCAAUAGUGUUUAAAAAUAUUUAAAUUAUAAGUUAGAAUAAACAUUCAGCACAAUUACUGAUUUUAAUUAUUUAUUAACAAUAAUCUCGAUUAGUUUACUAAAUUAAGUAAAUAAAUAAUAUUAUACUCCUGUUUUAUAAAUUUUAUUUAUUUUAUACUGUACUUUAUAAUAUAAAUUCAGUCCUUUACUAUUUUAUUUCUAUUAAUUAUUUGCAUGCAAAAUUAAAGUUAGUGUCUUAAUACGCCAAGUAACUUCUAACGCACCCGUUUUUUUGUAAACUAAACAGUAAAAGUUUUGUGAUAUUACAGAUAUUUAUAAAUUUGUACAUUUAUAUGAAAACAACUGUACCACUACAAAAAUAGUGAUCGUAAUAAUACUGGGUUAGAAUUCUUACCCAGGAAUUUAUGUUUUUUUUUUUGUGUUUUCAGUACCUCCAAUAGUUAAAGUUUUGUAAACCGUUCCCGGGAUAGCUUUUCAGUAUUAACUGCCCACGAUAAUAAGCAUAAUAAAAAAAAUAAAGUCUAAUUAUUGAAAACUGGA